AUGGCGACCCUCGAAUCGUUACCAAACGAGAUGCUCGAAAUUGUCUGCAACCAUCUAUCCUCGGAAGUUUCACAAGACUCAAGAGCAUGCAAAGCUCUUUACAGUCUAUCUCUGACAUCCAAACGGCUGCAUAGCACAGCACAACCACACUUGUACAACCACAUCGAUACUGGAACAUGUAACUUGGUGUCAUUGGUUCAGACUCUCUGUCUGAGACCAGAUCUGGCUGCUUUGAUCAAGAUCGUUCAUCUUAGAAGUACCAGAGGCUAUAUUGUGACAGAGGAGUUGGUAGAAUUCUUGCGCUUACACGUCAAACAUGCAUUCACGGAAGACUAUUGCGCUGAACUAAAGAAAAUAUUGACUUAUCCUCCACGUCUACGGAUGGAGAAGGAACGCUUUCAUUCGAUACUCCUGCUGUAUCUACCAAAAGUUGAAGAAAUAAUCUUCUACACGAACGAGAACCAGUUUGCAGAUUGGUAUGCACGUCCCCACCUUUACGGACAAUGGCCAUACGGUGCCACUGUGAUGCCGUGUCUCAAAAAUUUGCACGAAGUCGUCGCCAGACGAGCUAGUAUUGUGAAAUCUGGACGACUUCAAGCUAUCAUCGAAGCUUCAGCAGUUGAGAGCUAUACCACCAGCUCUCCGGGAGCGUUUCGCACCUUUUGUCCGCGCUUCGAACUUCCGCUGAAGCAUCUUGAUAUCACCUGUGGCCAUCUCGAUUUCGAAGGAACGAAACCGGUGUUCCUGCUCAACUGCGGGAAGCUCGAACGGCUUUCCAUCACAUGCACGUAUUUCUGUCCUCUGUGGUUCCGUACUCGCCAAAUGCAAAGACUUGUUGAUGCUAUAUGUGAGACAAAUUCUGUGAAAAAGUUGCAGUACCUGCACCUCAACAUGAGAGACGAUGGCCGCGAGAGCCAAACCGACUUACGUCACAAGGUCAAUGUCGAUUUUCGACCCGAACGGUUUCUCAGUUUAAAGAGCAUGGGUGUCAAUAUGUGGCUGAUCGAAGAGAGGAGAUCUUAUCUAACCAAGCUACCACAAACCAUUGAAGAUCUCAAUGUUUAUGGAUCGUCAGCAAAGACAAGUGUAUACAAGGAAAAGUACAUCGACCAGAUGUUCCAGGACGCUGAGUCAAUUGCUCUGCAGUAUCCGAACUUGCAAACGAUACAGUAUUGGGAUGACACAAUCAAAGGCAACAGAUUGAUGCGGCAGAUGGACCUGAAGUGA